AUGGGUAGAGCUGCUCGUGCUGCUGUUGCUGAUGCUGAUGCUGAUGUUGGUGAUGGUGAUGGUGAUGAUGCUAUGACGGUGACAGUGACGGUGACGGUGACGAUGAUUGUGACGGUGAGAAUCCCGCUCAGUAUGAGUAUGUUUCCGGUGCGCGUUGUGGUGGAAUCGGUUCGACCGCAACAUUGUCUCACCUGCGCACGUGAUGGCCACAUGCUUGUCGAUUCUUACGCAAUUGUCUCCGGUGCGACUUUGCUCAGUCAGCUGGUCGAUACGGUGCUUAGUGCUUUAGGCAUGCCACAGUUGGCCGUUAAUUCAAAAGGUUCAGCUUACUUUUAA